AUGGCAGACGGACUCAAUCAGGCCCGCGCAGUGCGAGUGGCCGAACUCAUAAACGACUAUCGGACAUUGUUGUUGCACAUCUCCCAGCAACAAGCUGACGCUUCACCCGAGGAAUACUACGAAGAAGGAUUCACCGUGCUUCGAGAAUGCCACGCCUCCGCUCAACGCCUAUUAAGCGCCAACUACCAUCCAUGUCCAAUGACAGGGAGAGGGAAUGCGGAGACAGAGAAAGCAGAGCUUCAAAGGGUUAUAAUCGACAGCAGCGCUCGCCGCUUCCAAGCACAUAAAAUCUACCUUCGAGCCGCGGCAGCACGGCGAUGGGCGAUGACUCGAGCGAAUAUCCUCCGCGGUCAACGACCAACAUCGGCAUAUGCACCAGCCUUGAAACCCGCACACGUCACGCUACAACAGGAAUUGGCCCGCGUUACGGACCAGCACGUUGUCGCAGAUCUCCGAGCCGCCGAUCUGCGGGCAGGUCAUUGGCUUGAUGACGAUCCGUCUUUGGAUACGAUAGAGCGAUGGAUUCAGGGUCGUUAG